AUGACGGAAUCUGUAGAUAGCGAUAGCGAUCGUAUUACAAGUGCACAGAUCGAGGAAAAAAUUAAUGAAGCUAAAGAGCUCGAGCAAAUUCUUAAAAAUGAAGGCAAGAUGCCAGACAAGAAAAAAUUUCAAAAGCAUCAACACCAUGGACUUCCAACUUGGGUUAAAUUCUUAUACGUCCUUACAUUUCUAAUUGCCGUUGCUGCUUUUGUAGUGCGAAUUAAAAGCCUUGUUUAA